GGCGCGCACGCACCGGCUCUGCUCGUCCGCACACGGCUCCGCAGCAGCUGGACGCACGGAAAGAGCGCCUUCUCCGCACCAGGUAAGCUCUACCCACCUGAAGCCAAGAUGUCCAGUAAACGGGCCAAGGCCAAGACCACCAAGAAGCGGCCACAGCGCGCCACGUCCAAUGUCUUUGCAAUGUUUGACCAGUCCCAGAUCCAGGAGUUUAAGGAGGCCUUCAACAUGAUCGACCAGAAUCGAGAUGGCUUCAUUGACAAGGAGGACUUGCAUGACAUGCUGGCCUCCCUGGGGAAGAACCCCACAGACGAGUACCUGGAGGGCAUGAUGAGCGAGGCUCCUGGGCCCAUCAACUUCACCAUGUUCCUGACCAUGUUUGGGGAGAAGCUGAACGGCACGGACCCGGAGGAUGUGAUCCGCAACGCCUUUGCCUGCUUCGAUGAAGAGGCCUCAGGUUUUAUCCAUGAGGACCACCUUCGGGAGCUGCUCACCACCAUGGGUGACCGCUUCACAGAUGAGGAAGUGGACGAAAUGUACCGCGAGGCACCCAUUGACAAGAAAGGCAACUUCAACUACGUGGAGUUCACCCGCAUCCUCAAACAUGGUGCCAAAGACAAAGACGACUAGGCCCCCCGGGCUCCCCAUGCCCUGGCCCCUGUCCCAGUCACCUGCUCCCCACACACACAGUCUGCACCUGCUCCACUCCCACUGACCCUCUCGGGGGAGCCGCUCUCUGAGGGGUUAGGGGCCCAGCUCCCAGUGGACGAACAGGCUGAGAGAGAGCAGAGCCAGGCAAGGGUCACAGCCACUGUGAGGCAGGUGUGCCCACUCUGACCCUCCAAGAAAGGGUCAUCUAGGGAGCUGGGCCAGAGGGCUGGACCUAAAGGAACCAAGGGAAGGCCCCACAGUAGAGCCCAGGCUUAGCUGUUGUGGGCCCAUUCCUGGGCUGUCCCCACCGGAAGGGCCCUGUGCCCUGCUCUGGGACACCGCUUCCCGUGCACCCAUGCAGGGCUUUCAUGCCCUUCCCAGCCACUGCCACAAACUCACAAACCUCACCACGGUCCCUUCUCAGAGGACAGGAUGACACAGCCCUCCCCUCCACCCUGCCUCAGAACAAACCCCCCAACCCCCGGGGUGCUCCAGAAGGUGCUGUGGGGUGGAGCUCCUCCCAGGGGAGGUGGAGUCUAAUAGAAGGCUGAGCACUGC